CCCACUGGCCUGGAGUGGAGCUGGUGGGUGUGUUGGGUUCGCCUUUCCGCUUGGCUUCCUCCUCCUGUUCUCUCUCUCAUCCAUCCACACGGACGCGGGAGCGGGAGGGAGCGAGCCAUGGUGGUCAGCACGUUCACUGGCCCCGGGAUUGGGAUCGGGUUCGGCGUCGGCUGCGGGUUCGGCGUCGGGUGGGGCUUCGGAGGAAUGCCUCUUAACAUGUUCGGCUUGGGCAUUGGUGGGGGUUGCGGAGUUGGCCUUGGGCUAGGAUGGGGCUUUGGCAAUGCUUAUGGUUGUCAGUAUCGAUCGUCAAGAGUCCAGUUUCAGGGCAUUGAAUUUCAGAAGAAGGCUGAUGGAGAUGAUGCACCAAAAGUUGUUUCACCGGAGAUUGCUGAAAAGUCUCGUCCUUAUGGCUAGUAUACCUGCCACCAUAUAGUUCGCAGAGACGUGUUCUAUGUGUCCUCUGAAUUGCAGUUUAAUUACAUACCUGCCUGUUCUUUGGUAGCAAUGUUAUGCUACACUUAUUUUCAUUUCUGUUGUAACCAGAAUGAUGUUAAUGGAUCGAAAUUUCAAUUAGGAAGGAAUGACCCUAGUACUAGGCCUACAUGCUAUACAUUUACUUUUAAUGGUCGAAUUACUUUUGUGAGUUGCCCA